AUGAUAGAAUUGACGAUUAUCAUAAUAACCUUAGUAUAAAAAUUAACCUGCUAAUUGAUAUUACUUAAUGUGACUAGUUUGUCUUAUUAUAACAUUUACUCAUUUGAUGAUUUAUUACCAUAAGGAUUUUAUUUAAAAAAGGAAGAAGUAAUCCUUUUUAGUUUAUUAUCCUUGAAUAAUAGUGAAAACUAACCUAUAAUGGAAUUAUGUACAGAUAAAUUUAAAGACAAGUUUAAAUUAUUUUUUAUUUUUAGCUGUGUAAUUGAUCAUAAUGCUAUUGAUUUUUAAUUGAGUGUCUAAAAUGUUAGAAUUAUUAAUUAGGAACAUAUUUCAACUUCAUAAUAAACAUAAUAUAAUGCUAUUCCAUUCAGCUAAUAUGUUUAUUUAGAAAUAAGAUCCAAUAAUUCUUUUAAUCUAAUAGCUCAAAUUAUUUAAUAUCAAUAUUGCCCCUAGUAUAAAUUUGUAAUAAAUCAAGCAAUUGUAAAAAUGGAGGACAUUGUAGCUAAGGAAUUUGUAUUUGCCCUAAAAAUUACAUAUCUGAUGAUUGUUCUAUUAAGGCUGAAUCUAUUCUUGAAACGUAAACAUUGUUAAAUACUCAAUUUUAUUUUUUUGAUAUAUAUUAAUGGAUGGAGAAUGAAGAAAGAAUUAUUCAAUAUUUUUUUGCCAGAUUAGAAGAGGAAGCAACAAUAAUCAUGGAAUGUUAUGCAUAGAAUCCUUAUUUGUUAUAGAAUUCUACAGAGAAGCAAUUAUAGAUUAUAAACAUAACAGUAGAUCAAAUGAAUAAUUGUUUAAAUUAUGUAGAUGAACUAGAAUCAAAUUCUAAAUAACAAUAUGCAUAAAUAAUAAUCAAAUUGAAACAACCUAUUAUGGUUAAUUUAAGAAAUUAUGAUAGUACAAUAGAUCCAUUAGUUGUAGGAAUAGUAGUAGGAAGCAUUUCAUUUUUUAUAUUAAUAGCUAUUUUAUUUUGUGUUUAUAGAUGUAAAAGAGAUGAAGAAAUUUAAAGAAAGAAAAAUGAAGAGAAAUAAAAAAUGGAGAAAGAAAAAAAGAUUUAAGAAGAAAAAGAAAAAUAAAUUAUGCCAGAAUUUUCUUAUAGUGAAAUUUUGUAAAAAUUUCCUGGAUUAAAAAAUGAUUAAGAAUGUGAAAUUUGUUUAAAUGUAUUUAAAAUGUAAGAAAGAGUUAGAGUUACUUAUUGUACUCAUAUAUUUCAUAAAGAUUGUUUAACAUAAUGGUUAAAUAAACAUAAAGUAAUAAUAAUUAAAUGAAUUUUAGACAUGUCCUAUGUGUAGAGAAAAUUUAAAUUUAAAUUAAUUAUCAUUAAAUCAUGAGUUUUUUUCUAGUGAACAUUAGGUUCAACAUAUCACAGAGAAUCAGCAAGCUUAAUAUUUAUUAUUAAGACCAAAAUCUUAGCAUAAUACAAGAUUAUAUGGAGAUGAACAUUUAAAUAUAAUUGAAUAAAAUUCUGAAUAAGUUCAUAUAUCUAAUAACCAUGAAGAGAAUUAAAACAAACAAAAUUAAAUAUCACAAUGA